CCGGUGGAUUGUGGGAUCGCAGCAGAGUCAGGCACUCAAGUCCACUGUAAGGUCAGCCUCCCCACAGCCCAAGAUGUCGGUCGUGUGUUUCUCCUUGAAUCGUUGCGGUGGCAUGGCACUUCGCUCCUGCGCUGGAGUCGUGGCGGUGCGUUAUGCCCAGACCGCUGCAGCCCCUGCAGCCCAGCCCAGGAUCAAGAAGUUCCAGGUGUACCGCUGGGACCCUGAUACGGUCGGAGACAAGCCCCGCAUGCAGACCUAUGAGAUUGACCUGAACCAAUGUGGCCCAAUGGUGCUGGACGCCCUGAUUAAGAUCAAGAACGAGAUGGACCCCACGCUGACCUUCAGGCGGUCCUGCAGAGAGGGUAUUUGUGGCUCGUGUGCGAUGAACAUCAACGGAGGCAACACACUUGCCUGCCUAAACAAGAUCGACACAAACACCAGCAAAGCCACCAAGAUCUACCCACUACCUCAUAUGUAUGUCGUCAAAGACUUGGUUCCUGAUAUGAGCAACUUCUAUGCCCAGUACAAGUCCAUCGAGCCCUACCUGAAGAAGAAGGACGAGUCCCGAGAGGGCAAGGAGCAGUAUCUGCAGACAGUGGAGGAUCGGCAGAAACUGGAUGGGCUGUAUGAGUGUAUCCUGUGCGCAUGCUGCAGCACCAGUUGUCCCAGCUACUGGUGGAAUGGAGACAAAUACCUGGGACCCGCUGUUCUUAUGCAGGCGUACCGCUGGAUGAUCGACUCUCGAGAUGAGUUCACAGAGGAGCGUCUGGCGAAACUGCAGGACCCAUUCUCUUUGUACCGCUGUCACACCAUCAUGAACUGCACUAAGACCUGCCCCAAGGGCCUGAACCCAGGGAAAGCCAUCGCAGAGAUCAAGAAAAUGAUGGCCACGUACAAGGAGAAGACAGCCACUGCAUGAAGACUUUCUUUGGCACGCCUGUACCCUCACAACCGUCCCCUCCCAUAAUGUACAGUUAUCACGAGCCUCGGCGAGACCCUUACAGACCGCUCACUACACAGCCCUCUCAGAGAUACACUCCAACGCAAGUGACCCUACAGCUAAGAGUAGUCGGAUGGCUCUUUGUGUGUGUGGAUGUGUGUGUGUGUGGAUGUGGAUGUAUGUGUGUGUGAGAGAGAAAUAAUGAACACGGGAAAGAGUGAGACAAAUGUGUGUGAGUGCCUAAUAAAAAAGCUAUGACAGGCUAAAGUAGUAUUCUGCAAUCCUAGUUUGUCCAGCCUGUUGUAGAUCUGUUGGAAUGGGAGUGUGCAGGAGUCUGUUCAGAGUGUGACAUGGUUAACCAUAUACAGAUUCCACCGGAUUUCAUGUUCUUCCACCUAAACAGAAGACUUGGUUUUUGUGUAAUUAAUAGUAACCUUUCAAAUCUCUGGAGCUAUUUCAGCUGCUUAUGCAGAGAUUAUAUAUCUGAUGUUGUAAUUAUAUUUGUGUUAAAUGAUCAGUAAUUUAUGACCAUAAAUACACUGGGUGUUGAACGGCGGACAAUAAUUUUGAUCAAUCUUCAUAUCCGAUACUCCAUAUUUUCAGUAAAUAAAGUUCAUAUUUAUCAAAGGA